AGAGAUCAGGAUGGACCAUGGUUCCUCAAGUCUUCCUACAAGAGUACAAAGGUAAAGCACGGUGGAAGGAGCAACCAGCAAGGUACCUUCUCAUUUAGUUUGCAGGGGCGGGAUCGGUGGCAUUGUGUACCAGCGCCGCCGGCGAUGGCCGAGACCACAUUGACAGCCACUUGUGCUCUCCUCCUCAUCUUCUCUGUUUGCUGCUACCUGCCUCCUCCAGCCGCCUCUUUGUCCUUCAAUUACUCCACCUUCAGCUCUCAGGACCAAAAGGAUUUCCGAAUCGAAGGCGACGCCUCGUUUAGCGUGGGAUGGAUCGACAUCAGCGCGAACAAGUACGACGGCAUCGGCAAGAGCCAGGGCCGGGUGUCCUACAACGCCCAGCCGAUGCUGCUGUGGGACAAGGCGACCGGCGAGGUGGCCAGCUUCACCACGCGCUUCUCCUUCGCCAUCGGCAUCCCCGACAUCAACAACAAGGGGAAAGGCAUGGCCUUCUUCCUCGCCAGCUACCCGUCGGUCCUACCCGACGAAUCGUACGGCUACGACAUCGGCCUCACCAACCAGAGCACGGACGCCACGGCGUCCGGCGACGCCCGGUUCGUGGCCGUGGAGUUCGACACCUUCAACGAUACCCAGGUGUCCGACCCUGACGCCACCUACGACCACAUCGGCAUCGACGUCAACUCCGUUCGAUCCGUGGCAACCAAGUCCCUGCCCAACUUCAGCCUCAGGGGGAACAUGAGCGCUCUCAUAGAGUACGACAACAUUUCCAGCAUCCUGGCUCUGACGGUGUGGCUCGGUGACGGCCGAAAACAGAAUUACAGCCUCAGCUCCAAGGUUGACCUCAAGAGCGCAUUGCCGGAGCAGGUGGCCGUCGGCUUCUCCGCCGGGACGUCCGUAGCCGAGGAGCUACACCGGCUGCGUUCAUGGUACUUCAACUCAUCGUUGGAACCAUUGGCGGAGCCAACACCGGGUCGAGCCUCGAGCACCCACGGUUCAGGAAUCAUAGCGGGAGCAACUGCCGGCGCGACGUUGCUCCUUCUGCUCCUCGUCGCCACCGCAGCAAUCUUAAUACGCCGUCGUCGUAACAAGAAGAAGCGAGAGGCCGAGGAGGAUGGCAUUGCCUCAGAAGACGACGAAGAUGGGGAGCCCAUGCUGGAGAUUGGGAUGGAGACGGGGCCCAGGCGGUUUCCGUACCACGAGCUCGUCGAGGCAACGAGGAACUUCGCGGAAGAGGAGAAGCUCGGUCAAGGCGGCUUCGGUGCCGUGUACCGUGGCAACCUGAAAGCGCUUGGCCUCCCCGUGGCCAUAAAGAGGUUCUCCAAGGAUUCCUCUAUGCAAGGGAAGAAGGAGUACGCUUCAGAGAUCAAGGUCAUAAGCAGACUGGGCCACCGGAACCUGGUACAACUCAUCGGCUGGUGCCAUGGCCGCAACGAGCUCCUGCUCAUCUACGAGCUCAUGCCCAACCGCAGCCUGGACAUCCAUCUCCACGGCAACGGCACCUUCUUGACAUGGCCAAUGAGGAUGAAGAUAGUACUUGGGGUUGGCUCUGGACUACUCUACCUCCACGAGGAGUGGGAGCAAUGCGUCAUACACCGGGACAUCAAGCCGAGCAACGUUAUGCUGGAUGAGUCCUUCGGUGCCAAGCUAGGAGACUUCGGGCUGGCGAGGUUCAUCGACCACGCCGUCGGGAUGCAGACGAUGACCGCCGUGUCAGGGACGCCGGGAUACGUGGACCCAGAGUGCAUGAUCACCGGCAGGGCCAGUGCAGAAUCUGAUGUCUAUAGCUUCGGCGUUCUCCUUUUGGAGGUCGCAUGUGGAAGGAGGCCAUUGAGUUUGUUGCAGAAUAAGGCCGAGAACGGCGGACUCUUUCGACUAGUCGAUUGGGUCUGGGAACUGUAUGGUCGGGUAGCCCUUCUUGAUGCGGCUGACGAGCGGCUAAACGGCGACUACGACAAGGUGGAGGUGGAGCGCGUGAUGGUCGUCGGACUCUGGUGCGCGCACCCAGACCCGAGCGCGCGGCCGUCCAUGAGGGCAGCCAUGGCCGUGCUCCAGUCCAAGGAAGCUAAUCAGCUACCUGUACUCCCCGCCGCUAAGCCCGUGCCGAUGUACGCGCCGCCGUUGGCCAUGCCCUCAGGGCUGUCUUUGUCCAGUGUGAGUGUGACACAGUCGACAUCGACAAGCGGUUACGCCACGCACACCUCUUGUUCCUCCGACGUUAGCUCCACCGGUUCAAAGGUUUCAUCUUCUUUACUCAAACAUCAGCACUCAUAACGGCAUAAUGUAUUUCAUCGCUUAUGAUGGUCAUAGUGUUAAGUAUCAUGUAUCCCUAUAAUGUAUAUGAUAUUUUUGUAUGAUAUACUAUCUCAGUAGGUAGUA